CUCCAGUGGGCCUGCCCGCCUCGGACCUGCUGCGGCAAGCGCCUGACGUCGCCACCGGAGACACUUCCGUCUGCUUCCUUCAAAACAAAACCACGCUCAGUCAAGGAAUGUACCUGUUUUCCCGCCGGAUAUGCUCCACUCAGUGCACGCGCGCUCCCCACACACGAGCAAGACGCACACCUUUGGAAGUUUCAGUCGCGACACGCUGCGUGGACCUCAUACUACUGCUACCACUAAAGUGGACAGACGCACAAGACUUGACAGAAUCACUCGGAUAAUAAAGUGCGUAUCAAAGAAAAGAAGUCGGCACGUUCGCCGGCCGAAUCCAGCACGCGUCAUCAAAAAAAGAUGGCGCAAACCUCGACUCGCACCAUCUAACCGGGAAGCCUCGGGCACGAAAAUGAACUCGUCCACGUCCAUCACGUCGCUCUUCUCCUUCACCAGCCCGGCGGUGAAGCGCCUGCUGGGCUGGAAGCAGGGCGACGAGGAGGAGAAGUGGGCCGAGAAGGCCGUGGACUCGCUGGUGAAGAAGCUCAAGAAGAAGAAGGGAGCCAUGGAGGAGCUGGAGCGGGCCCUCAGCUGCCCCGGCCAACCCAGCAAGUGCGUGACCAUCCCCCGCUCCCUGGACGGGAGGCUGCAGGUGUCGCACCGCAAGGGGCUGCCGCACGUCAUCUACUGCCGGGUGUGGCGCUGGCCCGACCUGCAGUCCCACCACGAGCUGAAAGCGCUCGACUGCUGCGAGUUCCCUUUCGGCUCCAAGCAGAAGGACAUCUGCGUCAACCCUUACCACUACCGUCGCGUGGAAACGCCAGUGCUGCCGCCCGUCCUGGUGCCGCGUCACAGCGAGUUCAACCCUCAGCACAGCCUGCUGGCCAAGUUCCGCAACGCCUCGCUGCACAACGAGCCGCUGAUGCCGCAGAACGCCACCUACCCGGACUCCUUCCCGGCGCUCCCGGGGUCCUCGUCCUCCUUCUCAUCCUCGUCGCCGUCGUCGUCGUCCCACGGCCGGUCGCCAACCUCGCAGGGCUACCCCGACUCUCCCGCCAGCUCCGCCGAGCCGGGUAGCCCCUACCACAUCGCAGCAGAGACUCCGCCUCCUCCGUACAGCAUGAUGGAGUCCAGCCCGCAGGAGGACGUGAAGCCCGGCAACUCCACGGCAACCACAAAGCUCACUUUCUCCGCCCCGCACAGAGAUUUGCGUCCGGUGUGCUACGAGGAGCCCGAGUACUGGUGCUCCAUCGCCUACUACGAGCUGAACAACCGGGUGGGCGCAACGUUUCACGCGUCGUCGCGCAGCGUGCUGGUGGACGGCUUCACCGACCCGUCCAACAACAAAAACCGCUUCUGCCUCGGCCUGCUCUCCAACGUCAACCGCAACUCCACCAUCGAGCACACGCGGCGGCACAUCGGCAAAGGCUUGCACUUGUACUACGUGGGCGGCGAGGUGUACGCCGAGUGCCUGAGCGACAGCAGCGUGUUCGUGCAGAGCCGCAACUGCAACUUCCAGCACGGCUUCCACGCCACCACCGUGUGCAAGAUCCCCAGCGGCUGCAGCCUGAAGAUCUUCAACAACCAGCUCUUCGCGCAGCUGCUCGCCCAGUCCGUCAAUCACGGCUUCGAGGUGGUCUACGAACUCACCAAGAUGUGCACCAUCCGCAUGAGCUUCGUCAAGGGCUGGGGGGCUGAGUACCACCGACAGGACGUGACCAGCACUCCCUGCUGGAUCGAGGUGCACCUGCACGGGCCCUUGCAGUGGCUGGACAAGGUCCUCACCCAAAUGGGUUCCCCUCACAACCCCAUUUCCUCCGUGUCCUAGCAAGCAAGCGGGAAGGUGCUGCCGGGGGCAUCACCACGAAGGGGGGCCCACGGCUCCUCCGCAAGCCUCCAGGUUCUGGUCCUUGUUUACUGUGAGACAGACUUUCAUUUGGCUUCUCUACAUCUUGCUGUUGUUUUCGCUGCAGCACUUAUUUGUGUGCGAUUUGUCUUUAAAU